AUGACAGUUAUCAUAGCCAACUCGGUCCUCGACAAUGUGGUCCCAGCUACCAAAAGCCUCCCGGACCAGGGCCAAGAGCAAAAGGUCCCCAACUUAACUCGACUCGUGCAUCAUAGCCAUGUCACUACAGAAUUCGAUCCUUUGAGAUUUGAAGCUGCCGCAUCCCUGCAACUGCAACUGCAGCUUGAGAAGCAAUACCUAGACACAGAAACAGACACGCGACUCAUUGUAUCGCCGUACAACAGUGUCCCCCAUCUGCUGGACAUUUCUGCACUAGAAAGACAAGAUCGACUCUUCGCAUUGGCAUUGGCAUAUCUCAAACCUAUCCGCGACGACUAUGCUACCGCUGAAUACGCGGAAUCAUUUAAUUGGACAGAGGUGUAUGAUUUGUUGAGAACUCUCUCACAGGCAGAGAACCACGCAUGGAAGUCACAGUCAUAUUAUGUUGUGAUUUUCCGGUCAAUUCUGUUGCCGGAUGUCGACUCGGACCGUCUUUAUGACCUCGAUGCGCAUUCGCACCAAGAGGCCACUGCCAGUGGGGGACUGUUGAAGUACUGGUUUGGGGCGAAGAAUGAUAAACAUCGGAAUUUGGCAACUUGCAUUUGGCGCAAUCGAAAUGAUGCAAGACUUGGUGGCCGUGGACCUUGGCACGCCCAAGCCAGAGCGGCCGCCACAGUUAUGUACGAGGAGAUUCGGUUCACUACGCUGAAGUUGAAUAUUGAGGAUGGAGUACAGUCUUGGAAGCUGAGUCCGUGGAAGGAAGAUGCUUAA